AGCGCCACCGUCCCAUGAUGCACAGCGGCGCCUAAGAAGAAUCGCCAGUCAUCUUCAGCGCUAGCCUCCACCGACGUCUUGUUUACAUGCGUGAUUUUCGCGCUACGACAUCGAGCUCUAGCAUCUGAGCGGCAGCAUGAAAGAAGUGACAGCAAAGAGACCCGAGAAAGCCCGCGCGGAGAAAGGGAAGAGCGGCGCGGAGAAAGAGAAGAGCGCGAGCGGCGCGGAGCCCCGGGACGGAGACCAGGACCAACUGACGCUCGACGAGAUCAAGGAGCACGUGAAGCAGAUCGAGAAGGCCGUGCAGGGGAAGGAGCCACGCUUCGUCCUCCGUGCCCUGCGAGCUCUGCCCUCCACCAGCCGUCGUCUCAAUCACAGUGUGCUGCACAAAGCUGUGUCCGGGUUCUUCACCUCCAACGCUGCCAGCAAAGAGUUCCUGCUGGGCUUCCUGGACCAGCCGCUGGAGAAGGAAGGAGAUGUUCAGUUCAGGCCACGCACGGGGAAAGCUGCGGUGACACCACUCAUCCCAGAGGUGGAGGCUUAUCUACAGCUGCUGCUGGUGAUCUACCUCACCAACAACAAACACUACACCCAGGCUCAGAAAGUGUCUGAUGAUCUGCUGCAGAAGAUGGGCUCUCAGAACCGCAGGGCUCUGGACUUAGUGGCUGCCAAGUGUUAUUACUAUCACUCGCGCGUGUACGAGUUCCUGAACCAGCUGGAUGUGGUGCGCAGUUUCCUGCACACACGCUUGAGGACGGCUACGCUCCGUCACGACGCUGACGGCCAGGCCACGCUGCUCAACCUGCUGCUGCGUAACUACCUGCAGUACCAUCUGUACGACCAGGCCGAGAAACUGGUGUCCAAGUCUGUGUUCCCUGAGCUGGCCAACAACAACGAGUGGGCGCGCUACCUCUACUACACCGGGCGGAUCAAGGCCAUCCAGCUGGAGUACUCAGAGGCCAGGAGGACCCUGACCAACGCCCUGCGCAAAGCCCCUCAGCACACGGCCGUGGGCUUCAAGCAGACGGUGCACAAGCUGCUGAUCGUGGUGUGUGUGUGUGUGUGUGUCCGUCAGGUGCACAAGCUGCUGAUCGUGGUGGAGCUGCUGCUCGGGGAGAUCCCUGACCGUCUUCAGUUCAGACAGCCGUCUCUCAAGAGGUCACUCUUGCCCUACUUCCUGCUGACACAGGCGGUGAGAGCUGGACAUCUUGCCACGUUUAACCAGGCGCUGGAUCAGUUUGGAGAGAAGUUUCAGGCUGACGGCACCUACACACUGAUCAUCCGUCUGAGACACAACGUCAUCAAGACCGGGGUGAGGAUGAUCAGUCUGUCGUACUCUCGCAUCUCUCUGGCUGACAUCGCUCAGAAGCUGCAGCUGGACAGUCCUGAAGACGCAGAGUUCAUCGUGGCCAAGGCCAUCCGUGACGGUGUGAUCGAGGCCAGUAUAAACCACGAGAGGGGUUACGUCCAGUCCAAAGAGACCAUGGACAUCUACAGCACACGAGAGCCUCAGCUGGCCUUCCACCAGCGCAUCUCCUUCUGUCUGGACAUACACAACAUGUCCGUCAAGGCCAUGAGAUUUCCACCAAAGGCCUACAACAAGGACCUGGAGUCUGCAGAGGAGAGAAGAGAGCGAGAGCAGCAGGAUCUGGAGUUUGCUAAAGAGAUGGCAGAAGAUGAUGAUGAUAGUUUCCCAUGAGUCUGCAGCGCCUCAUGUUUUGUGUUGUUUUUCUUCUUGUAUGUUGUUCUGUUUGCUCUUUCUUCUUUGGAUUAUUGCCCAUCUGUUCUCCCAGGUUUGCUCUUAUUAAAAUCCAUGAACAUACUGUGUGAUGGAACAUUAUAAACAUCACAAAUUCUCCA